AUGAUCAAUAGAUAACAAUUAAUGCAAGCUGAAUUGGAAUAGCUAAUCAUCCAAAAUCAGUAAAAGGACGAGCUUCUUAUGAUGCUCAUGGCUUUGAAUAAGUAGAACCUUGUUAACAGUGAUACUCAAUAUCACCACUUACUUUAAAAUGCCUAAUAACAAUAAUAAUUGUCUCAAAAUAAUUUUUAUGGCUUACCUCCUCAAUAGAAUUCUCUAUUUAAUAAUAACAAUAACAUCUCUUCUCACUACGGAUUCAAUAAUUAAAUUAACGCUCAAUCCGUUUCAAAUCAUUUAAAUUUAGGAAUGCUGAAUUAAAAUUAAUAUUAGAAUCCUCUUCUCAGCUUAAACAAUAUGUACAGUCAAAAUUAAUUGAAUGCUAAAAACCCAAACAGUUUGUACAGUAAUGCAAACACUUCUAGACUUAGCAACAUGAGUAACGCUACAACUGCUUCUUCUCACUCUUACUUGAAUAAUCCCACCUCUGAAACAAAUUUAGUCUUCCCUGAAUGCAACUUUAGCAGAUUCUCAGAUUUUUCUUAAGCCAAAUAUAUUCGCGAUAGCGAAACAAAGAAGAAUUUAGAUUUAUCUGAUUUCUCUAUGCAAUUAGAAGAUAGCACUACUAGAGCUAGCAUGAACAGAAAUCACGUUCCUCUCAAUCAAUCUCAAUCUCCUUUGUUAGCAGCUUCUUAAUUUGGAUAUGAUAAGACAGUCCAACAAACUUUUAGCCAAAAUGAACUUCCUAAAUUUUAAUAACAAUACUACUUUAGCAAGCAAGAGGAAGAUGCUGACAAUACCCAAAAGAUAUAAAUUAAUGAUAUCAGAUCCAGCCUAGAAUAGCCCAAGUUAUCUCAUAAAAACUCUAAUUCUUCUUGUGGAUAUAAGUUUAUCUCCAAGGAUAACAGCAACAAUUUCAUGUCUAAAAUGAAGAAAAACCCUGCUGUGAGCAGAAUUGCUGAUACUCUUACUUACAUUUAUACCUAUGAACCUUAAAAAUUAGAAUAGGGAGAAAUCUUAGAAUAAUUAUUUUUCAAUAAUGAACAAUAAGUUGAAUAAUAAAGUACAAAGAAUUCUAACAAGAGCGAAAUUAUUUGCAACUCAUCCCCAAUUAAUACAACUAUCAUUCAAUUAAAUAACAAAAAUUGCGAUGAUCCUCUUGGCAAUUUGACUCAUCCCUUUGAAGACAAUAACAAGUAAAACAACGAAGUUGCUGGUGCUGGAAAAAACAAAAACUAUAUUUCUAAGAACUCAGUUAAAAUUGAAGAAAACUUGAACUUCAACACUCAAUUCCUCUCCAAGUCCAUCAAUCUUUUAUCUUAAUAAAAUGGAAAUAAAAAUACUCCUAAUUAAGAUUCUGAUUCAAUUAAUAGCGAUUACUUUGAUGAAGAAACUGAAGGAGAAUACAACAACUUCCACGGAUUCAUCAAGAAAGGUCACUCUUCCCUCCGUUUAAACUUAAAGUUGGUCAACACAAUUGAAAACUUCUUGAAGAAGUAACUUUUGUUCUCAAAUAAUCCUUCCAAAGAUGAAGAAAAUAACGAAAAAUAAGAAUAAACUUAAAAGAGUGUUCCUAUCAGCGAAAAAAUUAAAACAAUGAAAGGCUAACUUGACUUCGAAGACAUUACAAACCACAUCAGCUUGGAAACAAACGUUAACGAAGAAGUGUUAAAAAAGGAAAUAUAGCAAAUUUUACAUAGCUUUAAGAGUAACCACAAAGUCUAUUUUAAGAAAGUUCGCUCAUAAAAGGAAAUGCUUAAAGACACAAAAUUCCACAACCUAAACAAGAGAAUUAUGAGAGUUUUACUGAGCAUUCUAAACAACCCAAUUAUUUUAUAGUUGAAGGUGCCCCAACCCAUUUUCAAGUUCUUCCAUACAAUGAGCACAAAAUUAGUAAACUCUUCUAAGAAAUUAAUAAAAAAUACAAUCGUUAAUGACUAGUACUCUCACGCUCACUAUAAUACAAUGUUUUUACAAAUUUCUGCUUCUAAUUAUUAAAAACUCAGUUAAUCUUAAUCAGAUAUUGAAUUACACAAGAUUAUUUAUGAUAUUGAUCUAUCUCUACCCUACAGCCAAAAUUAUUUUGAAAUCCAAAAAACCAACAUUUUAAAGCAAUAUAUCUACCUUAUUUUAGACAGAACUUUGCGUCUCAACGAUACCUCAAAUGACUCUCAAAUUCAAGCCAUCAGAUCUAUGUACAUUGACAGAGUUAUCAAGGGAAUGGAAAAAAUGAACGCUGGAAAGAUAGUCCAACGCUUUUGA